GGGCGAGUGGCUACUUCUUCUUAUAGGAGUUGUUCAGUUUAACGAACCAGAGACAGGGUCAAGUCUUCUGUUAUUCAUAUCGGAAGCGUGGUUGUGGCGUAUCGACGAGGGCGGAAAAACAACUGAAACUACGGUUUUGGAGGGAAAAUAUCCAUGCAGAUUUUGCUUAUCUUCUCGUCGGAGAAACGGAGUUCGACUAGGGAAGCUUGUACCACGCCCCUGAAUUUAGGAGAGUCUAUAUGGCAGCAUUGAGCCCGGAAUCUUUUUAGAUUUUUGGGUCUCAAUUUGUUCCAUUUGUUUCGUUAAGAUCUCAGUUCAAUGUGGCUUGGGGUAGAACUGGAUCAAGCUUCUUCUCCUCAAUUAUUUGGUGUUAAAUCAUCAUAAGAAUUGAGGUUUCUAUGGUGGAGUCGUCGACGAAUUUCAGGAAUGGAGAACUCAAGGGUUCCAAAAGAGUCUUUUGUUGUAGAUGGUGAUUCUAGAUUCCCUUCCUUUAAAAGCAUGUCUUUUGGCUACAGAGCUUCCGAAAACGAGUCUCUGCCGUCGUGGAAUGGGGAGCUUGGAUUUGGUGGGAACGACCGAAGAUUCACCUUUGCUCGCCAAUCGUCAUUCCAUCAAUCUGCUGAACUUCACACUCCGAUUUCCAUAAUUUCAAAUGGUUCCUUUCAGCCUCUGCUUUCCCCUAGUGUUUCCAGCAUCAAGAUCCCGCCGACCGUUUACCCGCAACUUGAGAAUGACAAUAACUGGAAAGGAUACCAAAAGGCAUCUGAUGGAGAGGGAAAUUUUUCGUCCGAGAAAUUUUCUUUCCUUUUAUUUGUGCUUUCUGCGAUUAGGAUUAUAAGAUAUGGUAACCGGCCUAUGAAGAGACUGUUUAUGAUGAUCUCUCUCAACGUGGCAUAUUCUACUGCUGAAUUAUUUAUAGGCCUUUUCUCUGGACGUGUAGGUUUGGUUUCUGAUGCAUUUCAUUUGACGUUUGGUUGUGGCCUCUUAACAUUUUCAUUGUUUGCAAUGGCCGCCUCCCUGAAGAAGCCUGAUGGUGUCUACACCUAUGGGUACAAAAGGCUAGAAGUUUUGUCUGCUUUUACCAAUGCUCUGUUUCUUUUGUUCAUGUCAUUCUCUUUAGCUGUGGAAGCACUUCAUGCAUUCAUACAAGAUGAAUCUGAGCACACGCAUUAUUUAAUUAUCUCUGCGGUGACAAAUUUAUUGGUGAACCUUCUUGGCGUUUGGUUCUUCCGGAACUAUGCUCGUAUUAAUCUCGUAUACAGAAAAGCUGAAGACAUGAAUUACCACUCUGUAUGUUUACAUGUUCUUGCAGAUUCCAUCCGUAGUGCAGGUUUGAUCCUGGCAUCCUGGCUUUUGACCCUUGGGGUUAAGAAUGCUGAAGUAUUGUGCUUGGGACUGGUUUCAGCUGCAGUGUUUAUGCUUGUCAUGCCUCUAUUUAGAACAACUGGUGGAAUUCUACUCCAGAUGGCCCCACCAAAAAUACCCUCUUCAGCUUUGAGCAAGUGCUGGAGACAAAUUUGCACCCUUGAAGAUGUAUUGGAAGUUUCCCAAGCUCGCUUUUGGGAAUUGGUGCCUGGUCAUGUUGUUGGUUCACUCUCAGUACAGGUGAAGAAAGGACUGGAUGAUCAUCCAAUUCUUAGAUAUGUCCAUGGCUUGUACCAUGACUUGGGUGUGCAGGACCUGACAGUUCAAACUGAUUCUGUCUGAGCAUGUUCUUCCUCUUCGUUCUAUCAGAUUUUUAGAUUAUUUUUUGUGUUGGGGGG